AUGCGGCGUUGGCACCGUUCACUGAAUCCUGCACUUUUCGGUGAGCGCGGGUCGGGCCAUUAUUUUUCGACCACGAGGGCCCGCCUUCAGCUUCAAGCACAAGACCGCAUCAUUUGUGGAACGCAUGGCGCCGGAAUUGUGGCUCAUCAAACUGCAGUUAAUUCUUCGGAUAAUCCCAUGCUUAGUUCCGUUACUACUGCUGCUCCUGCUGCGGAUUUGAGUCGGACGAAACCACAUGAAGGUACCGGCACUAGUGAGAGAGACCCUUACAUCCGCACCCUUCACAAUCAGCGGAGCGCGGCGCCCGAAAGCUCCGUAUUGCAGUCGCACACGGUGAAUGCCCCAACGGUGGAUGAGUGCGAGAUGCUUGCAGAAAGGUGGGGAACCAUGAACUAUUGGCAUAACGAUACAUUUCCGCGCCUUGUGGUGCUCUUAAAGAAGUUGUUAGUCCCUGACGUGUCUCCACUUUCGCCCACUGCGGAGUCACUUUUGUCAAUGUUCGAGAAGGUUGUGAUACCAAAGCUAACAUCGGAUGAGGAAGACAGACGGAAACUUGUUUCCUUGUGGUCUGAAACGACACUGCAAGCUGAGGCAGCAGUCACAAAAUUCUUAUUUCAACGAGGGUCGUUUGAGUCAAUGUUGCACCGCAUAAUCACCGAUGCACUAGAGAAGAUGAGCACCUUAGCGCUUGGUGGUCAGGAAGGGAAUUUGGCACUGGAAGCCUUGAAGCGCCAAACACUAUUCAAGCGGAACGAUUUCAUUCAAAAGCGAUUGAUUGAUGUAGUGAGUAACAGUGCUUACCUUGGGUAUGGUGAUUCAGUAUGGCAAGUUUUUUUUGCAGCCGUGGAGGCAAAUGAGGAAAACUUGCUCAGCGACCGGGCCACCACAGAUGCCAUUCGUGCCGCCUGGGAGGGAGUUAUGCGAGAAGAUGUUGUUCGUCUGCCGGAUGUCACUGGAGUUGUAGCACUGUAUCUCACGCUCGUAUGCAUUAGGGAAAGUGGACGCCUCGUUCCGGUGGAACUAAAGGAACUUUCCUCUGGUUUGGAAGAUGGCGUUCGACCCGGCGUGAGAAAACUGCAGCAAUAUCCUCUGAUUUUCCUUCAUCCUACGGUAAAGCGUCGGUUUGUUGUAAAGGCUGUUGCUGAGAUUCUCCACAAUUCAUCUUCAAAUGCUUUCUCGAAUAUGCUUCGGGAAAAUGGUUUACAUGAUACAGCUCGAGAAGUUGCGCUAUGCGAGGCCAUGAACAGGAACAAAGAACUUGCUGAAGGCGAUGUUGGUGACGCCGUAGGCCGCUUUGUAAGUAAGGGUGAGGUCAAGACACUGCUUUCAUCCCUCGUCAGUGGUACGGACGCCGUUGUGCGUGAUGCAGUUGCCGGUAUCUUUGGUAUAGGCACCACAAUCACCAUUGAUUGGGACGCCGUUAUGCAAAAUGUUGACUGGUCGAACAACUGGCAGCGGCUGGCUACUGCUUUGCUUAGUAAUUCAGCUGUUUUGUCGGCAAUCGUCAAACUCGUGAAGAAUGCGAUUGGUGCUAAGGGAAUGUCGAAGCAUCUAUUUACUGAUGAGUAUGCAGACCAGUUGCAACUUAUUUUGGAUGCUCGCGAAGAAAGAGCGGCGUCAAGGAAACAGAGGAUCGAAAACAUCGCUCAAGAACUCUCUUCCUUUGAGAGGGUCGAUUUGAGUUGUGACCUUCUCCGGAAACUGGGUGUCGAUAUGACAGAGUUGGACACGGCAGCCGCGGCAACGCGGAACAUGAAUGUUGUGCAGAGACCAUGCAUAGAAGACGGUCUGCUUUCACUCGUGUUGGAAGCUGUGACUAAGCGCCACCCGAAUUGGGUGAAGGCGGGAGUUAUACAGACGACUCUCAAAGACCCAUUUGACGCGCUGCGGUGGAUGAUGCACAUUUUUAUUCGUCUUUCGUACGUUCCGCAUGCUGGUGCAGCGACCAUCGCGCGACUUUCUCGACGCCGCAUUGGACCAAUUGGGUUGGAACCGCAUCAGUUCAACGUCCCUGCGGAACUUGGUUUCGUAGAGCAGUACGACAAUUUGCAGUACAAACGGUACGAUUGGCAGGGAUGGUACCAGCGCAUGUUAGAUGUGCACAACCGAAACGUAUCGCUACGCUGCCGGAUUUGCGACUUGCAACGUCUGGACGGCAACGGCGUGCAGUUUGUUGACAUGCAGACGGAGCGUAGAUUGCGUAUAUUAGCACAACAUCGGGUUGGAAUGGGUGUGCUUAAGUUGGACGCUGAUAAAUAUGAGGAUCAGGCGGAUAACGUAACCUUCGGCACAACAAAACUAUCAGAACUUCUUGCUGAUGCCCGCAAAGCUCAGCUGGGUGAAGAGUACUGGCCUUCCGUCGAGCUGAAGGUGCGCAAACCAAGUGGACAGAGUAAAGCGCACUAUUCACUCAUUGACAAUGAACGGAUUGAGAAACGGAGUAGGGAACUCUACGAAAAGUACCGUGACGCCAAGAAGCGUAGUCUGUUCGUAACACCCAUGGAAACAUGGUUGGAAGUGAAGGGAAUGCAGGUAAGGAAGUCAGUGGAUAAUGCCGACGAAGAUGGGUACACUCUCGAUGCACUUCAAGAUAUGAUGGAUGGGGACGACGAGGACAAGGUUUAA